ACCGCCCGCUGACCCGCCCAUUGCCACGCCCCCUUCCCGGGACUCCGCCAGAGGACACACUCGGGCACGGUCAGUCUUGCACGUUAUGUAGAUUCCAUGCCUCGGCCGUGCAGGGAAUCCUACGGGGACCAGAAGCCGCCCUACUCGUACAUUUCGUUGACGGCGAUGGCUAUCUGGAGCUCGCCGGAUAAGAUGCUGCCCCUGGCCGACAUCUACCGCUUCAUCAGCGACAGGUUCCCCUACUAUCGCCGCAACACCCAGAGGUGGCAGAACUCUCUCCGUCACAACCUCUCCUUCAACGACUGCUUCGUCAAAAUCCCGAGGCGGCCUGACAGGCCCGGUAAGGGAGCCUACUGGACGCUACACCCUGCUGCCCUCGACAUGUUCGAGAAUGGAUCCUUCUUGCGGAGGAGGAAGCGUUUCAAGUUGCCCAAACCGGAGGAGGACAAAGAAAAGAGGAAGCGGCCAGCACCUUUCAGCAUCGAGAGCAUCAUGUCCGACAGCAGGCCUGCCGCCUCCAAGCAGCUCCACUACUUGCCCAACCUCUAUGGUCCAUUUCGUUUUGACAGCUGUAAAUAA